AUGACUGGUUUUUUCGACUCAUGCUUGUGGGAGGACUUGAUUCUCCCCAUGAGCCAUUCCGAACCAGCAGUUAUUCAUGCCAUCGUCGCACUCGCUGCAUUGCAUGAAGACCUUCAAUCGCGAGGAGCCCCUCUUUCACGCGAAAAUUUGGCAAACCGUCGCCAGAAGUUCGCACUUGGCCAAUAUGGUCGAUCUUUGGCUGCCUUGAAUGAACGGCGAUACUCGCAAGAUCCAAGACUACGUGAUGUGAUUGUCGCUUGCUGCUUAUUAUUUGUAUCCAUCGAUGUACUGCGUGGUCAAUAUGACCCGGCUCUACUGCAUCUCAAACAUGGGCUUGCAGUUAUUGAGGAAGGACUUCAACUUGCUGGCAGGGGAUCUGGAGUUACCACUUGUCGUACGGCCGCUGAACAGACUCUCUUGGCAACUAUGACACGCUUGGAAACUCAGUCUGUGUUCUUUGGAUUACCUCCUCUAAUCAACUCUACUUUCAGCGUUUCGAUUAAUGACUCGGGUGGGAAUUGCUUCAAGACCCUUCGGGAAGCACAAGGGGCCCUCGAUAAACUGUUGGCCAGCAGUGUUCGCCUGUUUAUGGCUGUUUACCAAUUCCCAGUGAAAGAUCGGGUAGCCCAGUUGCAUCCGAAGUUGGCAGAUACACAGAGCGAUCUAAUGGCUCAAUUACGCGAGUUUGGGCAACAGCUUAAGCGGUCCAUUACUCACUCACUCCGUCUAGAAGGAUUGAAAGAACGGCGAGGACUUGACUUGGUUCUCUUGCACCACAUCACGUUCUCAAUACUGGCGGAGACUUUGCUAUAUGGCGAGGAUCAGUCCGCUUACAAUAAUCAUCUGAGAAGCUUCCAACGAAUGAUGGCCUUGUCGACUGAAAUUUCCCAAAGCUUUAAAGAUGAGAACAAUUCAGGCACAAGACCCACCUUACUUCUGGAUAUGGGUAUUAUCCCAUCGUUGUUUGUGGUAAGCUGGAGAUGCAGGGACUCAAAUCUAAGACACCAAGCUUUGGAUGCUCUUGAAGAAUGGCCUCACCGAGAAGGCCUUUGGGAUUCGCGUCUACUUGCUAUAUUCGCACGCCAAAUCUUUCAGCUUGAAAAAGAGAACCAGGCCGCAUCGGGUGAUCCGAACUCUUGGUCACAGAUACAGAGCCAUUCUCUAGAGGUAUCAGAUGAUCAGUCACACGCAAUACUCAGAUAUCAGACUCAUGUCCCAGGGAAAGAAGCGCUAAAACAAAGAAGGGUCAUCCCACUUGAUGAAGAAAUUUGA